AUGUCCAAUGCUGAUCUAGAGCUCACUCUUAUAGCCUUAUUCGGAGCGAGGUAUCUAGCGAUGGCUUGUUAUUCCCUGAUUAUUUAUGAUCAUGCCUUAACCCUUGAUCGAGAGAUUGAGCAUUUUUGGUGUACUGCAUGGAGCUUUUCUCAUGUGCUUUUCUUCCUCGUCCGGUACCUCUCACUAUGUCAAAUUAUCACGGAUAUGAUUUCCAUACUCUCGACCGGAUUGAACAACGCUGUGUGUAUAAAAGUGUAUCUUACAGGCUACAGUCUGGAUACCAUUCUUUUGAUCACUGUUCAAGGGAUGUUAACUCUACGAACAUGGUAUCUAUUCGCGGGAAGACGCCUCAUCCAGUGGCUGGUCGCUGCCGGUUUUGCAAUCUCCCUAAUCGCCACGAUUCCUGUGGUUGUACAACCGGUCCGUCAACUUCAAAUAACCACUGUACAGAUUCCUGAUGUCAGUGGCUGUGUGUAUGAUCCCACGCUCGAUAAACUGUGGGCAGCAUACAUACCUGCAUUAUUCAUUCAUUCCAUGCUAUAUUGUUUCCUGGUAUAUCGGGUUAUAUCUUGCCGGGACACAAUGACCGAUACACCGCUAUUAAAGCGCUUUCAUAAAGAAGGAGGUUUUGUAUACCUGCUCACAGCUGUCGGUAUACUCUAUACGCUCAUUGGGUCUCUAAUGCCGAAUGUCCCUUCAAUGUUCAUACCCGCUACGUAUGGCAGCGUGGUAUUAGCUAUCUCUACAGUGACUACUACUCGCCUCAUGCUGCGCAUUCAUUCAUUGGCUUCUCAACUUCACGUUAGUACCACCUGGUUAUUAAACCACGCAGAAUUGGCCAGGUCGCAUUGGAGAAAGGGUGCUAACGAGGGAGAGCUGAUAGUAGAGGUCCGGGUAGAUGAUAUGGAUCGUUUCGAACUUCCCAGGAUUUGUGUGAGUCCAUUUGCCUUCGAAAUGCCUAACAGUGCCUCUGUGGCAGUAAAAGUCCAGUGAAAAUUGUAUAUGGCAGUACACGAUGUAUUAAAACUAUGUUCAGUAUUGUAUAAAUAAAAACAGUCAUAUUUUCCAUAAAGUUAGCUUUCGGCUGCGAUAACCGUUGCGCAUGCUUCGUGAUACAGCAACACUGGCAUUAGUGGUAUGCCAUGCGUGGCCUCAGUCAGUGAAUGGGCAUAGCUAUUCCCAGCUCGAGAAAGAGCCAAUUGCAAUCGGACCCGCCAAAUCAGAUAACUGUCACAACUUGACAGCAACCCUGGAACUUUUAUCCACACGGCCUUUUGAAGAGUCAAGGUCAUUUGAUUUGUGGUACCGCCACGAGAGACUUAGAGCGAGUCCCAUCGAUGAUCCAUGAAACGUGAGGCGCGAUCAUAAUGAUAUUACUGUCAAAAAACAAAUGAGCUGAAACAAGUGGUGUUCGUGGACCUAUGCAGACCCACGAGUCC